GUAUUAUUGUGUUUCUCAGGGAUAUGCCUCGUGCAAUUGUCAUUGGUAUUUCUCUCAUCACUGUCUGCUAUUUACUCAUAAAUGUUGCAUACAUCACUGUUCUCGGCAAGAGUGGAAUCCUAAAAUCACCAGCAGUUGCUGUGAGUGUUGGUAAUCUUUAUCUUGGACCUGUUACAUGGAUUGUUCCUUUGUUUGUUGCGGCAUCAACUUUUGGUGCAGUCAAUGGAAUGGUUCUCACUAAUGGAAGGUUGUUGUAUGUUGCUGCUCGUGAUGGUCUUAUGCCGUCACUACUUGCUAUGAUCAAUGUCAAGAGGUUCACACCAUUACCAUCUCUACUUUUUACCACAUUGAUUUCCAUUGUGAUGUUGAUUCCAGACUCCAGCAAGUUUACUACUCUAGUAGAUUUCUUUAGCUUUGCGGCAUGGUUGUUCUAUGGUGGAACAUUCUUUUCUCUACUCUGGCUGAGAUACAAACAGCCAAACAAACGACGACCAUAUAGAGUGUGGAUAAUUGUUCCAGUUGGCAUGAGUCUUGCAUCCAUCUACCUAAUCAUUGCCCCUAUCUUUGGCGAUCCCAUGGGUUCGCUCAUUGCACUUGCUGUCAUCCUUGCUGGUCUGCCGUUCUACUUCUUUUUYGUAUAUAGUGAUUUAUCACCCAAAUGGCUUAACAAUGGUGUUGAUUCUUUUACAAGCUGGUGUCAAAAGGUGUUUGACCUAGCAAUGACGGAUCCAGAAGAAGUACCUGUACCCUUUUAAAGCUGAACUAAAGAUAUUAAAAAAAACUACUGCAAGUAUCAAAGAAAAAGUUUUAUUAUCAAGGCCCUCUUUCAUGAUAAAGCUGGAAAUUGUUUGAGCCAUUGUCUCAAAUGUUUACAAAUAAUAUGUAACGCUGUGCAUAGUUCUUUUAAUCAUAAAGCAGUGCAGUUUAGUAAUUAUAUUUUUUGUUGAAACUAAUACAACAUAGGUUUUGUAUGAAUUUCCACAUGCCUUGUGGGAUUACAUUCAUAGGGUAUUCUUCACGACAAUUCAUGCACCGAGUCAAUCAACACCACGAACUCCAGGUACUUCCAAAAACUUCUGAAAGGAGAAGUGCUUAAUUUGAAAAAAAUUUUCAAGGGCACUUUUAAAGCUCUUGAAAAACAAAAAUUUUCUUGCAAAUUUUUUGGUAACUCCUUAAAAAUUGCAGGGUACAAUAUUGUAAGUCGUUGCUUAAGAGCAAAUAUGAUGGCUAAUAGGAUAAUGGUUAAUAGUAGAAAAAAUUAUUUUUAAUACUAGUUGAAAAGUGGGAGUUUUAAAAAGUCCUUGAAUCGAUUCUUAGGAAUACUGUAUGAACCAUGUUUCAAUUCAGUCGUGAGUUAAAUKUCAUAAAAUUUCCGUUUUAAAAUAGCAUAUUGCUAUUUUAGGCCCCGUCCACACGUAUCCAGAAAUUUUUGUAUCCGCAAAUUAUUUUUUGCGGAUACGAAAAUGUUU